AUGGUGGCAGAUAUGUUGAAUACAGAUCGUUCUUGGGACAAGGAUUUUGUCUUGGCUUGUUUCCCUGAUGUGGUGGCGGAGAGUAUAUGCUCUAUUCCUUUGGAUAAAAAAGCGAUUGAAGAUAGACGCUAUUGGGGAUUCGACGAGCGAGGAAGAUAUUCGGUAAAAUCGGGAUACUUAUGCGGCACCAAUUUUUUUGAGCCAAGAGUGCACACAUCUUCCUUCUCCGAAGCUUCGUGGUGGAAGAAAAUAUGGGCGCUUAAUGUUCCUCCUAAAGUUAAACAUUUGGCAUGGAAAGCUCUUCAUGAUUAUGUUGUUUCCAACGGGAAUCUGGCAGCUCACCAUGUUCCGGUUUUGGGCUUUUGUUCCUGGUGCCAACAAGCUUGGGGGAGUACGGAGCAUGCUUUGGUGUGGUGUGAGAAAGUUAGAGGGUUCUGGAAGGAAUCAGUGUUCUGGGAAUGGAUUGGGCAGUUCAAGCUUCUCUCUCUAGCUGAUUUGAGUCAGCUGGUGUUAGAUAAGGGAGCGAAAAAACAUGGUGAUAAGAAAGAUUGGGGGGUGGCGGACGUGAGAGAGAGUAAUAGACGGCUGGGUUUCUUCCAGAAAGCUAAAGAGCACCUUGCUAUAGAGGGGCGGGUCCUUCCUGCUGAGGGAGUGGAUUUUUGGUACCCUCCGCCGAGGAACGUGCUACGGUUGGAUGUUGACGUGGCGUACCAGGAGAAUGGCUGUAGGUUGUUAGUUGGUUUUAUUUUUCGAAACGAUAGAGGGGAGAUUGUUGCGGCGGGAGCUAAGCCAGUUGGGUUUACUGAAACGGUGUUGCUUGGAGAGUUGCAUGCUAUGCUAAUCGCUGUGGGAGUGUGUUUGUCGUUAGAUUUGGGACCCGUGGUUCUUUUUUCGGACUCUCUAUUGGCGAUCCAUUUGCUGCAUGAUACUUACCAUGGUUCCGACUCUUUGUGUGAUGACUUGCAUGAGGCCUUCGUUCAUGCUCGUGAGACGGUGGUGUUGGAUUUUUUACAUGUUCGUCGUGAGGCUAAUAGAGCUGCUCAUGAACUUGCUAGACUAGCUUUGUCUUUUUCCGAUGUAAUGAUUUGGAAGUCAGAUUUUCCUAUCUGGCUUUCAAAUAUUGGUCUUUCCGAUUUGAAUUAA